AAACCACGCAAAACCUCACUCAACCACCACAAUGGACCAGGCCAAGGCCGCUGCUGCCGCCCUAGAGGCAAAGAACUACGACGAGGCCAUUGACCUCUACACCAAAGCGCUCGCGCAGAACACGACCGCUGUCGCCUACUACAUUGGUCGUUCCACGGCCUACCAGCGCACCGCCCCCCCAAACCUCGAUGCCGCGCUCAAGGACGCCGAGCUUGCCGUCGCUCUCGCGCAUAAACGCGGCAAGCGCGAGCUCAUCAUCGACGCACAACUCCGCAGGGCCAUCACUCUGUUCACCCUAGGAAGAUACGGAGAUGCACAGUUCGUCUUUGGCAUCGUCAAAAAGUUGGACACGCAGCUGAAGACGCUCCCCAUGUGGGAGUCGAAGCUCUCCAUCAAGUUCCGCGACAUGCCUGAAGACGACGAGAGGAAGAACGUCACCGUGGCUGAGGUCCCAGACGUCGAGGCACCCACUGAGGCCCCUAAGCCUGCUCAGAAGGCGAGCGAAAACAAGCAGACUUCCACCCCGACGAUGCAGGUAACCCCGGCCGACAAAAUCAGGUACGAUUGGUACCAGGGCGGCCAGGAUGUCACCAUCAACAUCUUGGCGAAGGGUGUUGCAGAGAAUACGGCUAACAUUGAGAUGGACUCGCGCUCGCUUGAGGUAUCUUUCCCCACAGCAUCAGGAUCAACAUACGCCAUGAACCUGGAUCCUCUAUUUGCUCCGAUUGCGAAAGAACAAUCUACCGUCAAGUUCUUCCCUUCAAAGGUGGAAGUCAUCCUCAGAAAGGCGGUACCCAACCAAAAGUGGCCCGCCUUGGAAGGCACACCCGACGCUACAUCCACAGCCUCUGAAGCCGCUCCCAUCUCACGCCCAGCACCAGCCAGCACUGCCGCUCCCUCAUACCCGACAUCGUCGCGCACUGGCCCCAAGAACUGGGACAAGCUAGUCGACGACAUGACCAAGAAGAAGAGCGACAAGAAGGAAGGCGGCGGCGACGGCGACGAAGACUUUGACGAUCUGGAAGACGAGGGCGGCGACCCGGCCAAUGCAUUCUUCAAGAAGCUGUACAAGAGCGCGGACCCGGACACGAGGAGAGCCAUGAUGAAGAGUUACCAGGAGAGCAACGGCACGUCGCUCAGCACCAACUGGGCCGAGGUUAGCAAGGGCAAAGUGGAGACGAGCCCGCCGGAUGGCAUGGAAGCACGGCCUUGGUAGAUUGCUGGCUGGGUAUCUGUGGUGACACUUUUGAGUUGUCCCUGAAGAUUUCCACAUUUUUGUUUCUCAGCACAUUCCCGUUCAAGGCUUCAUAUGAACGACUGCUUUGCACAUUUGCCUUUUGCUUCUCCACCUCGAUGGUGGGCUUCUACUCUGGGUUUUUAUUUUCUUCAUUUGCUUCCCUUCCCGUUUUUGCAUUGCGUAGGCGAACGACGGACUAGCACAUCUCGAAGGCGCAGUGGCGUGGCGUAUUUUGCUACAGUACAGUACAGUACAGUACAGCAUAGUCGAGACAAAUCAAUCAAUCAACGAGCUCUACCCC